UACAAUGUGAUCACGUGAGAAACGACGUUUGGACUAAUUUGUUUGGCAAACUUUUUUUCCUUCAAUUCGAUAUAAUAAUUUUUAAUUUAAUCCAUCAAUCAUAAUAAUCUAGUUUUGAGUCGUCUUUCUUCAUUCACAAUUGAACAAUUAAUUUAAAAAAAUGGACCAUUACACAACAGCAAAAAUUCACAAAUUGACCGAAGAUUCACAAGACAUUGAAGACAUACUUUCUCUAAAUCCUCGCGUACAAGAAUGUGCAACCGUUAUUCCUAGUCAUCGUACUAAACGAGAAAAAUUGCAUUGGAAACGUAAUUGUAGUCGUAGUAAUUGUGAUUGGUCAAAAUUGGUAAAAAAUUUUGAUGAUAUUAAACCAACUACAUUAAGUGAACGUGGUGCACUUCGUGAAGCUGCUCGUUGUCUUAAAUGUGCCGAUAGUCCGUGUCAAAAGAGUUGUCCAACUCAAUUAGAUAUCAAGGCAUUUAUCGGCAUGAUUGCCACUAGGAAUUAUUACGGAGCAGCUCAAUGUAUUUUAUCGGACAAUCCGCUUGGCCUUACAUGUGGCAUGGUAUGUCCAACAUCAAAUCUUUGCGUUGGUGGUUGUAAUUUGUAUGCCACUGAAGAAGGUCCAAUUAAUAUUUCUGGUCUUCAACAUUUCGCUGUGGAUGUAUUCCGAAAGAUGAAUGUUCCACAAAUUCGUGAUCCAAGUUUAAAGACUAUCAAUCAGAUGCCUGAUGUAUUUCGAUCUAAAAUUGCCUUAAUUGGAUGUGGUCCAUCUAGCAUAAGUUGUGCAACAUUUUUAGCUCGUCUUGGAUAUUCAAAUCUGACAAUUCUAGAGAAAGAAAAAGUUCUUGGUGGUUUAAGUGCCACUGAAAUACCACAGUAUCGUCUUCCAUAUCAUGCUGUUCAAUUUGAAAUUGAUUUAAUGUGUGACUUAGGCGUGAAAAUUUUACCAAAUCAAUCUUUAGGACGCAACUAUACAUUGGAAUCUCUUCGUAAACAGGACAAAUAUGAUUGCAUAUUUUUGGGUCUUGGUUUGCCUCAACCAAAAUUAAGUUCCAUAUUCAAUGGUCUCAGUUCUCGUAAUGGAUUUUAUACAUCGAAAGAUUUUCUACCAGCCGUUUCACGAGAAUCAAAAUCAUUAGAUUCAACGGAAGAUCUUCCCAAACUUUAUGGACAUGUAAUUGUAUUGGGAGCUGGUGAUACGGCAUUCGAUUGUGCAACGGCAGCUAUUCGUUGUGGAGCCAAACGAGUAUCGCUCGUAUUUCGUCGAGGAUUUAAUAAUAUUCGUGCUGUACCCGAAGAAGUUAAUCUGGCUAUUGAAGAAAAAUGUGAACUAAUGCCAUUCAUGUCUCCAUAUCAUAUCAAAAUGGAAUCAGGUCGCAUUGUAUCAAUGGAAUUUUAUCGAACAGAAAUCGAUGAGGAUGGCAAUUUUAUUGAGGAUCGGGAACAAUCAAUAAAAAUCAAAUGUCAAUUUGUAAUAUCAGCUUUUGGUUCAGCAUUAACCGAUCCGGAUGUGAUCGAAGCAUUGUAUCCAUUAAAAAUAAAUGAAAAAACUGGACUACCGUUAGUCGAUGUUGAUACAAUGUCCACAAGCAUCGAAUGGGUAUUUUGUGGUGGAGAUUUGGCCGGGGUUUCCGAAACAACCGUAGAAGCCGUUAAUGAUGGUAAAACGGCUGCAUGGUCUAUUCAUCGUUAUCUUCAGAGUAAGCAUAACAAUGAUGUUGGCCCUAUAGCAAGAUUACCACGAAUGUAUACACCGAUCGAUUUGGUUGAUAUUAGCAUCGAUAUUUGUGGGAUACAUUUCCCAAAUCCAUUUGGUUUGGCAAGUGCCCCACCGACCACCUCUGGUGCAAUGAUUCGUCGUGCAUUUCAAGCAGGCUGGGGAUUCGCUUUAACAAAAACAUUUGGUCUGGAUAAAGAUUUGGUUACAAAUGUAUCCCCCCGAAUUAUUCGUGGUUCAACAUCUAAUCAUCUUUAUGGGCCACAUUUAAGCUCAUUUUUAAACAUUGAAUUAAUAAGCGAAAAGACGGCCGCUUACUGGUGUAAAUGUAUUUCUGAAUUGAAAAAAGAUUUUCCAGAAAAAAUUAUAAUCGCUAGUAUAAUGGCUAAAUAUAAUCAAGAUGAUUGGGUUGAAUUGACGCGAAUGGCAACAGAAUCGGGUGCUGAUGCAUUAGAAUUAAAUCUAAGCUGUCCACAUGGUAUGGGUGAAAGAGGAAUGGGAUUAGCUUGUGGACAAAAUCCUCAAAUGGUCGAAGAUAUUUGCAAAUGGGUCAAGUCGGUAUCAACCGUACCCGUGUUUGCUAAAUUAACUCCGAAUGUUACCGAAAUUGUUGAUAUCGCCCGUGCAGCUCAACGUGGAAGAGCUGAUGGUGUUACCGUAAUAAAUACGGUAUCAAGUUUAAUGUGGCUACAAAGCGAUGGAAAUCCAUGGCCCAAAGUAGGAAACGAAGCUCGUACCACAUAUGGUGGAAUGUCCGGAAAUGCUGUUAGACCAAUGGCAUUGCGUGCCGUGUCGGCUAUCGCCCGUGCUGUGCCUGACUUGACAAUUCUAGCCACUGGUGGUAUCGAUUCGGCAGAAUCGGGAUUACAAUUUAUUUAUGCUGGUGCAAGUGCACUUCAAAUUUGCAGUGCUGUUCAAAAUCAAGAUUUCACCGUCAUACAGGAUUUUAUAACUGGAUUGAAAACCUUACUUUAUUUAAAAAGUUUAAAUAAUGAAGAAUAUGAUAAAAAAUGGAAUUUCCAAUCACCACCGACACCGAUUCAUCAAAAAGGGAAACCGAUUCCUGGUAAGCCUUUUAUUGAAUCAACAUUGAAUGCAAAUAAAGAAAAUACAAUCUGUUUAAUCAAAUUAAAAGAUUUGAUCGGUUAUUCACUGCCAAAAAUAGGAACUUUUAAUCAAUUGAAUAAUAACGAACAAAAAGUGGCAUUAAUCAAUCAGGACAUGUGCAUCAAUUGUGGGAAAUGUUAUAUGACAUGUAAUGAUUCUGGCUAUCAGGCUAUCAAAUUCGAUGCAAAUACACAUUUGCCAGAAGUAACGGAUGAUUGUACUGGUUGCAGUUUAUGUUAUUCUGUUUGUCCAAUUAUUGAUUGCAUUGAAAUGGUACCAAAAUUAGGACCGCAUAAAGUGAAACGUGGUAUAGCGCCAAUAAUCAAUUCUUUUUAAACAUAUGGAAUGUCAGACAUUUUUCUCAGUAAAAAAUCAUUAAGAAAUAUAAUGUUUAUGAAUUGAUAUUUUGAAACUUUGUUUUUCAUCAAAUAUUAUGAAUGACUAAUAUAAUAUCGCAAUAAAUUUAUUGUUCAAUGAUUAUUGAUCGCAAA